AUGGAUGACCCUUCGCCGAUGAUCAAACGUCGCCGCCUCGAUACCGCAACUGCGCUAUCCAGACCAUUCAAGUCACCGUUGCACAGACCGAAGUCUCUCGGUGUUUCAUCUCAACCGACACCCCUCACGCCAGAAACGGGCAAAUUCAGCCAGCACAGAACCGACAUAAUCACUUUACCUGCAAGACCAAAUGACGACACUGAUAUUUCUACUCCGGUGUCAGUCUGUCCCCCAGAAGAGCGUCCUCAAAAGGCUACAUGCCGUACAAGCCUCACCACAUCAAUACGUUCUUCACAGGUAGAUCCGGAGCUUCGAGAUUUACAGAAACAGGAACGUGCUCUACAGUCACAACUUGCCACUUUGCGCCAAGAACUUGAUACCAUCAAGCAAGCUCUUCGAAUCGAAUCCUCGACCAAAGAUGCAGAACUGGAAGCUCUGAUCAUGAAAUGGCGUCUCGUGAGCCAGGAAGCAGCGGAUGAGGUCUUCACCGGCGCACGAGAGCGUGCUUCCCGAAUAGGCGGACUCACAGCAUGGAAGGAGUACAAUAGGCACAAUAUCUAUGCACAAGGAUUCGAGGAUCAUGACACCGAACACAUCGAUGAGCAAGAUAGAGGAGACGAUGAGACUGGCGAUUCGUAUGAACUAUCAAAGGCAUCGAAGCGGGCUGAGCACGUGACGGAAGAGGAGUUCACAAUGAACUUCAUGCUGAAGGCAUUGAAUAUCGAGCCUGUGGUCAUUGGCUAUGAUCCAGUUCUAGGGAAGUGGAUUCGAGAUUAA